UCUGACCUCCUCAACCCAGUUACCCGGGCAACCCAAUACCCCUUGGUAACACUGGUGUCAGACGGUUACGGGCUUCUGACUACUCGUAACAACUGAGAAAGAUGUUCAAUUACAGCCGGGACCUACAGUUUAACGUGCCAACCGAAACAGUCAUUGGUGUCCAAGAUAUACUUAGAAAGUACAUACAGACUUAGAAAAGUUGCAUUGAUACUUGCCUGACCUGGAAUCGAACCCACGCCUUCAUAUUUGAGAGGUUGGUUCUUUACCCACUAGACCACCACGACUUCCCUAAAAAUAACCAACAAACAAAAAAAAACAGAACUCAUUACACCUCAGGCGAAUUAAAAAUACACAAAUCUAAACAUGAUAAAUGUAACUAAAGAGAAACCAAAUAAAUCAUACGAGCGACUAACUUACUGCCAAACAGUGUGGUAAGCGACAAUAUUAAAGCUUCCCGUAAAAUAUUUUUUCCCCAUAAAUUAAGGGAAUGUAAGCGAGUUUUUUCAUAUGCCAGUUUCGCUUGUAUUACGCGAAAUUAAACGCAUAAAUUACAACUGUACAACUUGAGGUGCAUAUAUUGAAUUUGGGCUCGCCUUAAUCACAUCGAGUGUAUUAUGCGAACACAGUUCUAACAAUGAAGGUCUUUAAAAUAAUAGGGUCAAAGGAUCUUGUAUUUUUUUAUUUUCUAUCUAAGAUUUUUUGUCUACAAAGACCUAGGCCUAGCAGUUAGAAAAAUAAAUACCUAAUAGUCUUAUUUGAUGCACAUUUUAAGUUUAUGUUGGUAAUACUUGGAAUUACUGCACCGAAGGAAUAUUUCACUACAACAAGACUGCUUUCAACGAUUACCCUUCGAUAGCAAAGAACAGGUAGCUCACACGUUCUAAAUAAAUCACUCCACAAUGUUUACAAGUUCAUUUGCGCAAACACACCGCAAAAACAAGAAACAAAACAUUCCUUCGCUGAAAAAUUCAAGAACUGUCAACGGAUUCGUAAACAGGGAGAUAAAAAUGAAGUCAGAUCCGCCCAGCGGUCAGUCUGUGACCAAACAGUGCCGUGGUUAUGACCUAAGUCGCAAAUUAAAUGAAGAACAAAAUACAGAAAACCAAAAUGUACACGUAUCACAUAAAAGAUAUGAUGUUCGUCGGGACUUGCAAGAAGAAUCAUCUAAAGGUCGCCUUAUGUAUCGUGUUUGGAAUCAUUGCUUUAGUAGUUCUAAUCAUUCCGCAUGUGAUGACGACGCAUAAGUAUAUACACCACCGAAGACUUACGAGGUACGCGACAGACUUAAAGUAUAUACUCUUUUGGAGCAAAUCGAAGCAUCAGAGAUCACGCUUAGCCCUAAAUAAGCCGAGCGAAUUUUUGCCAGGUCAGAAAAUGUUCAUCAACCAGAAAUGCCCGCACAUCAACUGUUAUAUAACAUACAACAAGGACACAUUAAAUAACGCCGAAGAUUUUGAUGCAAUAGUAUUUGAAAUAGAUGACAUUAUCAAAGUGGAUGUUAACUUCAUCAAUUUGACGAGAUCUCCAGAGCAGUUAUAUAUAUUCAGAUCAUCAGAGACUCCGGAGAAACAUCCAUUAUGUCACCAUGAUUUGGACGACUUUUUUAAUUGGACUUGGACUUAUAAGUUGAGUUCUGAUAUUCCUCAGCCUUUUUUAAAUAUCCAUUACACCAAUCAUUCGAUCAUCGGGCCGGUUACGAAAAUGAAUUGGCAGACUAAAAAAUUAAAGAGAAGUUCAAGUAUCGCUAGUAAAAUAAGGCAUAAGAAAAAGGCUGUUGCUUGGGUGCUGACUAAGUGCAAACUGAAAACGAAACAUCAAGAUUUUAUUAAGGAGUUUAAGAAUGAAAUAAGAGGAUAUAAUUAUACGUUGGAUAUUUAUGGUCCAUGUGGUAAAAAGAAAUGUCCUGGUGGUAGCGCAAUAAAAUGUUAUAAGAUGUUAGAAAGGGAAUACUACUUCGUUAUAGUGUUGGAAGAGUAUUUGACAGAAGAUUAUGUGACCGAGGUCAUGGUCAGCGCGAUGUCGCAUCUAGUUAUACCUAUUGUUUUGGGACCGUCUGAUUAUUCCAAUUUCUUACCUCCUGGCUCCUUCAUCAACGUCCAGGCCUUCGACAUGAGUAAACUAGGUGCACUGAUAGACUACCUCAUCAAAAACCCUGAUAUGUACGAAUUUUUCUUUGAUUGGAAGAAGUACUAUUAUUACACAGUGAGGCCUAGGACCCAGGUUUGUGAUCUCUGCACCAAACUUAACGAAUACAACGGUUCAAAUGUCGUGAAGACGAAUUUCCGAAAAUGGUGGGACCCAGAAUUUAAAGAUGUCUGCCAAAGAAUGAAGUUGUAUAAGUAUUUUAAUACUGAUGUUUGAGGGUUAAUUUUAUGACUUUAUUUUUAAGUAGAUUUAGGAAGACAGAUUUUUAGCAACAUUUGAUAUAGAAAUUAA